GAUAUAAUUAGCAUGUGCUGGUUGUUGAAGCAAGGAUUACAAACGGCCUGUAGUUUCUGUUCUUGUCAAUGUGCCUUAUAGGCUACUCUUAUUUGUUCUUAUCAUUUUCUUGCUUUGCUGUCUUUUGUCUGUUAGUGCUUUUGAUCCAAUGUUGAUCGCAGCUCCUGUGGGUGUGACGUGUUAGCAUUCUUGGCAUUUGCUGUUUAGGCAUCACUCACAUUCUUCCUAUAUAUAUAUAUAUGAUCUAUCCUCUCAGCUGCUAUCAUGCUGAGAUUUAGCAAAGUUUUACUUAGUAUCAGAGCACUAAAUGGCUAGCGCCAGUAAGGAAUCGAGUUUGGCAGGAAACCCUUCAACAGAAGGAGAUGAUUCUACAAGAGAGAAAGAUAAUGCAAUGGAGAAGAUCAUUAAUGCAACAGAAGCAAACAAGUCUUUUAGCUCGUCAGAAAAUCCUCUUGGGUCAUAUUGUGCUAUCAAGCUGAACCAUGACAACUACCUGUUGUGGAAGAAUAUGGUACUCCUAGUAAUCAAAAGCAACAGAAUGGAAUACAUUACUGGAGCCAAAGCACCACCACCUGAGUUGUUGAAGUAAGAGUUGAAGGCUCCGCGAAAAGUGAGCUCAAGGAAUACCCCAGGUAUGAAGAAUGGAUGGUGAAUGAUCAUAUCUUCCUUGGCUGGUUAUAUAACUUACUUGAUGUUGAUGUUGCAUAUGAAGUAAUGGGUUUCGAAAAUUGGAAGAAACUGUGGGAUGCUAUCAAAGAUCUGUUUAGUGUCAAAAUCAUAUCAAACAUUGUUUAUUACAAAAGAGAAUUCCAAAAGAUGCAGAAGGGAGGUAUGAACAUGAAUGAUUACUUGAAAACCAUGAAGAAAAUUGCUGAUAAUCUAACUCUUGCUGGGCAUCAUGUACCUUUAGAGGAUCUGAUCUCACAAGUUCUUACUGGUCUAGAUGCACACGAAUAUAAUCCUGUGGUGUUCUAGAUACAAGAAAAGGAAAGCAUAUCUUGGCUGGAAAUACAGGCAAAGCUGCUGAGCUACGAAAAGAGAUUGGAACAGAUGAAUGCAGGCAUUACAUCUAUUAAUCUUGGUCAACCAACUGCCAAUUAAAUCAACAAGGGGACAGGCAAUACCAGCAACUACAGCAGGUCAAGCUCUCAACAAAAUCACACAAACCAACAUGGAGGAAGAUUCAUCGGAAACAACUUCAGAGGGAACAGAUCCUUUCGAGGCAGAGAGGGUAGAUUCAAUAAUAAUUCAAGGCUCAUAUGCCAAGUCUGUGGCAAGAUAGGGCAUAUAGCAGCCUAUUGCUAUUUCAGGUUCAUUAAGGGCUACAUGGGAACACCAUCAGAACAGAACAAGCCAAGCCAACCUUCAGCUUUUAUAGCAUCUCCAGACAUCAUGGAGUGAUCCUGUUUAACGCUGAUAGUGGAGCCAGCAACCAUGUAACCAAUGAUAUCAACAAUUUGCAACAGAAGAAUGGAUAUAAUGGACAAAGUAACGAGCCAAAUGCUGUUGCAAGGGAAGCUUAAGAAGGGUCUAUAUUACUUUUGGUUGUGCAUGUUUUCCAUGCCUACGGCCAUAUCAGAACCACAAGUUCCAAUUUCACUUUAAAAAUGUGUUUCCUUAGGUUUUAGUGAAUCUCACAAAGGGUAUAGAUGUUUGAGCUCUACUGGAAGAUUAUACAUUUCCAGACAUGUCAUCUUCAAUGAAAGUGAAUUUCCUUUUUAAGUCUGGUUUUUCAAACACAAGGCAAUCUGAUCCUCAAGCUGUCAUAAUUUCGCCUUUUCUCAAUCCUGUGCCACCUUUUGACCAAAGCACUCCCCUUCAUUCAUUAUCGAUUCCUUCCAACUCAAGCAAUACUGACCCAAUUGAAGCAUCACUUGCAGCCUCACCUUCCUGUUCUGAGUCUAUAAGACCUCGAUCAAUUGACAAAUAUACAGCUCUUAGCUCACCUCAGCAGCCUGUGAGACUGUCCUUUGAAGGGGGAAACCACAACAGUCCCAGCAAUCCUAACUCUACUUCAAAUAACAGCCUCACAUCUACUCAUGAUCAUGAUGAUGGAGAUGAUCAUCAGUUAGAACCUGAAGAAGUUGAAGGGUACAGAAUGGUUACUAGAGCCAAAGACGGGAUUCACAAACCUAAAAGGUUCACAGACUUCAAACUGUACACAGCCACUAAGCAAGAGAGCACCAAAGAACCCAACUCAGUCCAUGAAGCCCUACUCUAAAAUUCAUGGAAGUCUGCUAUGGAAGAAGAAAUUAUUGCUCUUAAGAAGAUUGAUACAUGGACUCUAGUUCCAUACUCACCAUCUAUGAAUAUAGUGGGAAACAAAUAGGUGUUCAAAAACUAAGUAUAAGAUAGAUGGAAGCUUCCAGAGGUGCAAAGCGAGGUUAGUGGCCAAAGGCUUCCAUCAAACACCUGGAAUAUACUUCAGCGAGACCUUUAGUCCAGUAAUUCAAGAUUCAACGGUGAGAAGCAUAUUGUCUA